ACAUAAUUUGGUCAUUUACAAUCCAACGAGGUUUUUCUAAAUUUUCAUCUGAAAAUUCAAAUUCUCUUUUGAAAACUGGUAGUCAAUAACAGGACUAGAUAUGCCGAAGACGCUCUACUGCAAUCGUUGCUCUAUUUAUUACUCGGCUUAAGUGGUAUUUGUAUGCUGACCGCUGAAUCAGCAUAAAGAGCCUAAAGUGUAAAUUGGUGAUUUUUAAGUGCACCUCUAACCUCUCCAACCUCUUUAGUUCAAAAUUGUGUGCAACUUCUCUAAAAUGAAAUCUCAAUUUGAAAAAUUAGCAUAAGUAUUUGAACUAAAGAGAGUUGGAGGUGGAUCACCAAUUUACACCCCUAAAGUCAUUCGUCAAUUGCAAUUGCUGUCCAUGACACCUCAAAAGUGCCACAUAAUUGAUUUGCUUAUUAUUCAGUAGCCAGGUAGUGUACAGGCCCGAAAUCCUAGCAAAUCAGACUGCAUAUGUUUCCAGAAUUUGGGCCACUUUCUUGAGCACUAGUCAGGCUUGAUUCGUUGGCCUAAACAUAGCCUGUGCCUUCAAAUUCGUGAGCAAAACAAAAGCAGAGGAAAGCUGGAGAAAAGUUUGGUUUCUAGCAUCAGAAAAGCAGAUACUAGAAAAUUCUUGCAUCACAUGAUCCAUCAAAUGUACAGCUGGAAAACCGACAUUUUGACCGCACCAAGAAUAGAAGUCAUCCUGCAGUUCCCGCCAUGUUUCUCCACCACCCAAAGCUUCCAGUACGCCUAAACAUCCCUCCCAGCGCGCCCCACCCAUCAAUAAUCGACGAGCCGCCAGAACCGACCACCGGCUGGCCGUCUCUCCCCCUCUCCCUCCCUCCUCGGGCACGCGGGAGACCACCGGCAGGCAACCAUGGGCAAGCACGACAAGUGCAGCCACGACGCCGAGGCGUGCUACCCGCCGGGCGCCGUCCCGGGCGGCGGCGCCAUGUACCCCUACAUGAUGGAGAGCCCGCAGAUGCGGUGGGCCUUCAUCCGCAAGGUGUACGUGAUCGUCACCCUGCAGCUGCUGCUGACGGUGGCCGUCGCCGCGACGGUCAACCUCGUCGGCGCCAUCAGCGGCUUCUUCCGCUCCCGCACCCCGGCGGCGCUCAUCGCCUUCGUCUGCAUCAUCAUCGCCCCUAUCAUCGUGAUGAUCCCGAUGAUCUGCCUGCGUAAGCGGCACCCGAUCAACCUCGUGCUCCUGACGCUCUUCACCAUCUGCAUGAGCUGCGCCGUCGGGGUGGGCUGCCUCUUCGCGAAAGGGGUCAUCAUACUGGAGGCGGCGACGAUCACGCUGGUGGUGGUGGCCGGGCUGACCGCCUACACCUUCUGGGCGGCGAAGAAAGGCUACGACUUCGAGUUCCUGGGGCCAUUCCUGGUGGCCGCCUGCCUCAUCUUGAUGGUGUUCGCGCUCGUGCGGAUCCUCUUCCCGAUGGGCAGGACGGGGACGAUGGUGUACGGAUGCAUCGCCGCGCUGGUGUUCUCCGGCUUCAUCAUCUACGACACCGACAACCUCAUCAAGCGCUACUCCUACGACGAGUACGUCGCCGCCGCCAUCGAGCUCUACCUUGACAUCAUCAACCUCUUCCAGGCCAUCCUCAGCGUGCUUGAAGCAAUCGACGGAUGAGCCGCAGCUGAGAAGGCUGCCUGCCAAUCUGAGCACACUAGAAUCGUAUUCCUAUCCACUGUAAGCUACCAGGGUGGGUUGCAAAUUUACAAGAUGAUCUGUACUCCAUAGAUAGGGUCGAACAGCACCGAGGUGGUGAUUGGACAUUACCAAGGAAAUAUUGUUGCCAAUCCAAUUCGUUACUUCACAACAGCCGCGGAAAGAUCACCAUGGGGCCAAGCCGU